GUUCAUAUCCAAACGACCCAUUUACUGAAAAUAAAAUCCAAUUUGAAAGCGCGGGAAGUUCACCACUUCUGAACUCUCGCCGGCGGGAAGAAAAUGGACGGCGACGAUUUGGAGUUAGAGAAGACGAGAUUGAUAAGCUUGGCUCUGGAAUUCGGGUUCGACGGGGAGUCCGCCCAUAGCUGUUUGGAUCGUCUUGUUCAACUAUAUGGUGAUGAUGGGCGAGAUUUCAUCAGUGUGGAGCAUUGUGGUGAUGACUUUCUUGCAUCACUAGCUGAAUUUAUGCAAGAGACUCAGGCUGAAGAUUGGGAUGAUGAGCAAGCUAUGGAAUCAGAAGCUUGCGGUGCUUUGACUGAGAUCCUGGACAAGGAUCAUCCCAGUAAUUAUGAUUCAGAGGCUACAGAAAAUAGAAGCGAAAUUUAUGUCAUAGAAGAUUCUCCUGAAUCUCGAAAGCAUCACAACGUAAUGCAUAUAGAUUCUUCAAGUGACAGUGAAGAGGCAAGCCAAAAUAUUUCCAGCAAACGAUUCAAGUCGUCCUUUAAUAUUGGUUUAAAUGGAAAUGGUUGGGACCCCUCUACGAGUUCAGUAAAACCUCCAUCAAUUUCUGCCCAUCGAAAUGAUCCUACUCGAAGUUUAGAUUCAUCAGUUUCCCAUGAAACAUGGAACUCCAGUUUAUGUGAGAAUAGGCAUGGAUCUCUCACAUAUGAGGAGCUGCAAAAACUAGAUGAUUUUGAAUUGGCAAACAAUGUUGUCUUUGGUAACAGAAGUUUUCGACACUUGCAGCAUCAAGCGUGUAAAGCAUUUGUCGCUAAUCGCGAUUGUUUUGUUCUUAUGCCCACUGGAGGUGGUAAAAGCCUUUGUUACCAGCUUCCAGCCAUUUUGCAGCCAGGUGUUACAAUUGUUAUAUCUCCACUUCUCUCACUCAUUCAAGAUCAGAUUGUUGCACUGAAUUUCAAAUAUGGUAUACCAGCGACUUUCUUAAAUUCUCAACAGAAGCCAUCACAAGCAGCAGCCGUGCUACAAGAAUUAAGGAAAGAAAAGCCUUCCUGUAAACUUCUAUAUGUAACUCCAGAAAGGGUUGCUGGAAAUAUGUCAUUCCAAGAGAUCCUAAGAGUUCUGCAUAGGAAGGGACUUUUAUCAGGAUUUGUUGUUGAUGAAGCUCACUGUCUGAGCCAGUGGGGCCAUGACUUCCGUCCGGAUUAUAGAGUACUAGGAUGCCUCAAGCAGAACUUUCCAUAUGUUCCUGUGAUGGCUUUAACUGCCACUGCAACCCCUGUAGUUCGAAAGGAUAUCAUAAACUCGUUGCGAAUCCCCAGGGCAAUGGUGCUUGAAGCAAGUUUUGAUAGACCAAACUUGAAGUAUGAAGUGAUAGGGAAAACUAAAGAACCGCUCAAACAGCUUGGGAAUUUACUGAUGGAUCGUUUCAAAAAUUUGUGUGGAAUUGUAUACUGCCUUUCAAAAAACGAAUGUGUGGAGGUUUCAAAAUAUAUAAAUGACAAAUUCAAGAUCAAAGCAGUGUAUUACCAUGCUGGUUUGUCUGCUCGUCAGAGGAUUGCAGCUCAGCAAAAAUGGCAUAGUGGAGAAGCCCAUGUUGUUUGUGCUACCAUCGCUUUUGGGAUGGGAAUAGACAAACCUGAUGUUCGUUUCGUUGUUCACAACACCAUGUCCAAAUCAAUAGAGAGUUAUUAUCAGGAAUCUGGAAGGGCAGGACGAGAUAAUCUACCUUCCAAAUGCAUUCUUCUGUAUCAGAAGAAGGAUUUCAGUCGGACUGUAUGCAUGCUUAGGAGUGGACAAACUGGUAAAAGAGAAAGCUUCAAACUAGCCAUGGAUCAAGCUCGGAAAAUGCAAACAUAUUGUGAACUCAAGGAUAAAUGCCGUAGGAAAGCUUUACUAGAACACUUUGGAGAAUCCUUUGACCCCAAUGCCUGCAGAAAUGGCUCCAAUCCUUGUGAUAACUGUCUCAAGUUAUCUUCAUGAUCAGGAAUGCCUCAUAUUGAGAGAGAUGUGUUUGCAAUAUAUGAAACAACUCAUGCUUCAUGGAGAAUAUUAUCUUCAAUACAAGCAGGUCUCUUUCUAUUUCCUUUCACUUGUAACCGCCUUAAUUAUUUCUCAUGUAUGGAACAUAUUUUCUAAGUAGAUCCAUACUUUUGAGGUGUUAACAA